AUGAUCGUGGCGAUUUGGCACUGGCCACCAAUCUCUAGAUGCGAUUCCAGGCCCCCAGCGUUGGGUCAUCACGGUGCCACUGGCGUUUGCUAUCUCGACACGUCACGAUGGCUGGGGAAUGGGGACUUCAGCGGUUGGAACGCGCUCAUGAGAGGUAGUAAGGCGAGGAAUUACAGGCUUAUGCCUCGGCAUGGGCAAUUGGUGGGCAGUGGAGCAGUGGUAUGGCGCUGGAACUAUCAAAUAUGCAGUGGGGCACACGUCGGUCGGAUGGGAGCCCCAGUCGAAUUGUACCGUUUCUCUCAGCACUUGGGCGCUGGAUGGGGUGCGCAUAGUAUCCAGAUGAAAUGUGAAUACGGGCUCGCUAAGACGGACUGGAUAAAGGGUGGCGCGCAACACGGGGUAGAGGGUGGCGAGGAAUUUAACGAGAUUUCGCUCAAGCACAGGGUUUCGGGCGCGUGGUGCACAAGUGGCGAAUGUGAAUACGAGUCCACUAACACGGAUUGGAUGGCACAAUUGGUGGGUGCAGAAGGUCGAGGGUGGCAGAAGGGUAAGGUUGAGAAAGCCAAACCUGAGUACGAGACCACGAAUAAGGAUUGGACGAAUCGACAGUACACAAUCCGGGGCAGGGACAAUGUCCACCGAGUGGGGUUAAGAGCUGAUUGGGGGGGGUAUGAAUGUCGAGUGUACUGCGCAGGAUUAGAACGGGAGGUUGGCGUUGCAGGGGGUGGGCAAGAAGACCAAGAUGACCUCAAAUAUCUUCACGGUAACCGUGAUUCACUAGCGAUGCGCAAAGCACCUCUAGUCGUCUGCGGUUAA